UAUAACAUGAACAAAGUUUUGCUUCUUUUCCUUGUCGUCUUCUACAGUGGCUUUCCUUCAAAAGGAAUAGGCUCUGUUUCUACAAGACCACUUGCUGUUAACAUUGGGGCAAUUUUAUCUUUCAAUUCCACAAUUGGCAGAGUAGCUAAAAUUGCCAUACAAGCUGCAGUGGAUGAUAUAAAUUCUAAUCCAACCAUUCUCAACGGAACUAGGCUUAAGAUUUCAAUGCUAGACACCAAAUUAUCCGCUGGAUUUUUAGGAAUCAUUGAUUCGUUUCUGCUGAUGGAGCGUGAAACUGCUGCCAUAAUAGGUCCCCAGUACUCAGUAAUGGCACAUGUGAUUUCACACAUAGCAAAUGAGAUGCAAGUGCCUCUACUUUCAUUUGCAGCAACAGACCCUACGCUGACUUCACUGCAGUUCCCAUAUUUUGUUCGGACAACGCAGAGUGAUCUGUAUCAGAUGACUGCUGUGGCAGAAAUUGUUGAUCACUUUCAAUGGAGAGAUGUCAUAGCCAUUUACAUCGAUGAUGAUCAUGGAAGAAAUGGGGUGUCCGUUUUAGGGGAUAAGCUAGCAGAGAAACGCGGUAAAAUAUCACACAAAGCACCACUUAAUCCUGGUAACAUUACUAGGGAAGAAAUAAACAGUGCAUUAGUUAAGAUAGCUUUAAUGCAAUCAAGGGUAAUAGUCCUUCAUAUAUACCCUUCUUUUGGUCUAGAUGUAAUGCAUGUGGCUCGGUCACUUGGCAUGAUGGUAAAUGGGUAUGCGUGGAUAGCCACAGAUUGGCUUUCUACAUUAUUAGAUUCCAACCCAUCAUUGUUCACCACUCAAUCCAUAAAUGACAUCCAAGGUCUUAUCACCUUGCGCAUGUAUACUCCCGAGUCAGAAACCAAAAGAAAAUUUAGUUCUAGCUGGAACAAAGUGAGCAAGGAAAAGGAUCCUGCUGAGGGUCCUUUCGCAUUGAACACCUUUGGGUUUUACGCCUACGACACUGUUUGGGUGCUUGCUUCUGCACUCGAUGCGUUUUUCAGGAGUGGGGGAACAUUGUCAUUUUCAAAUGAUUCAAGUCUAAACAUGUUAAGGGGGGGAAAUUUUGAGCUUGAUAGCAUGGGAGUGUUUCUUGAUGGUGAGAAGCUGCUUAAAAGAAUUUUAGAGGUGAACAGAAGUGGUCUAACAGGGCAAAUGAUGUUUGGACAAGAUGGAAACUUGGUGCAUUCAUCAUACAAAGUAAUUAAUGUGAUAGGCAAUGGAAUUAGGAGGAUUGGUUAUUGGUCUGAAACAUCUGGCCUCCACACUGGUGAGUCUCCUAAUCAUUCCAUUUCUGGUGAUGGACUCUACGGUGUCAUCUGGCCUGGUCAAACGACUCAAACCCCACGUGGAUGGGUUUUUUCCAGCAAUGGAAAACCCUUGAGAAUUGGGGUGCCACUUAGAAUUAGUUAUCGUGAGUUUGUGUCAAGAACUGAGGGAACUGAGAUGUUUGGUGGUUAUUGCAUAGAUGUGUUCACUGCUGCUCUCAGCUUGUUGCCUUAUUCCGUUCCCUACAAGUUUGUUUCAUUUGGAGAUGGUAAAACCAACCCAUUAAAUUCAGAUCUUCUUCACAUGAUAACAGCCGGUGCCUUCGAUGCUGUGGUGGGAGACAUAACCAUUACUACUAACCGAACCAAGAUAGUGGACUUUACUCAGCCAUAUAUUGAGUCCGGGCUAGUUGUUGUGGCUCCUAUCAAGAAGUUGAAAUCCAGUGCUUGGGCUUUCCUAACACCAUUCAGUCCAAUGAUGUGGUUUGUGACAGGAAUGUUUUUCUUAGUGGUGGGAGCUGUUGUGUGGAUUUUAGAGCGUCGCAUAAAUGAUGACUUUAGAGGCCCUUCCAGAAGACAAUUUGUCACCAUUAUUUGGUUUAGCUUCUCAACCCUAUUUUUUUCACAUAGAGAAAAAACUAUUAGCACCCUUGGUCGCUUUGUGCUGAUCAUAUGGCUGUUUGUGGUUUUGAUACUCAACUCAAGCUACAUUGCAAGUCUGACCUCCAUCCUGACAGUGGAACAACUCUCUUCACCGAUUAAAGGAAUCGAAAGCUUAGUAAUAAGCAACGAUCGUAUUGGAUUCCUGAGGGGUUCAUUUGCUGAGAAUUAUCUGACCGAGGAGCUGAACAUACACAGGUCCAGGCUUGUUCCUCUGAACUCCCCAUCAGAAUAUGAAAAAUCCUUGAAGGAUGGAGCAGCUAACGGUGGUGUUGCUGCAAUAAUAGAUGAACGUGCAUAUAUGGAACUCUUCCUAGCCACCAGAUGUGAAUUUGGUAUCGUGGGUCAGGAGUUCACCAAGAUGGGAUGGGGCUUUGGCUUCCCCAAGGAAUCUCCUUUAUCAAUUGAUAUGUCAACUGCCAUCCUUAAACUAUCAGAAAAUGGUGAUCUCCAAAGAAUUCAUGACAAAUGGCUGACGAGAAGUGCGUGCAGCUCAGAGGGUGCAAAACAAGGCAUAGACAGACUUGAGCUAAACAGUUUUUGGGGUCUGUUCCUACUUAGUGGCAUAGCAUGCUUCAUUGCUCUACUAUGUUAUGCUAUUAGAAUGGUUUACCGUUUUAGCAGAGACUCCAACAGUAACAUUGAGCGCUCAUCUCACUCUGAUCGUCUCCGAUCGUUCCUUUCCUUUGUGAAUGAAAGAGAAGGGGAAGACACAUACAGGCCAAAGAGGAGGCGAAAGGAGAAAUGCUCUUGUAGAAAGGUAGUGCAAAAAGGUGGAUCUUUGGAUGACUCAACUGUUAGUGUCCACAUAGAAAAUAAUCCCAGUGCACAAGAUUAACUACCGACAUCUAUAAGAGUCUUGUAUUUCAAUGCAGCAACAUAAUACUAAAUAUGUUCAUAAUGAGCACAAAGGUUCUCGAUGACUAAAAUUUUUUAUC